UCUCUAAAGAUACGCCAAAAAUCUGAGACGUCAUUCUUGCCCAACCAACCAUAGGCCUCCUCUUUCCUCUCAGUUUUCUCUGUACCCAAACAAGGCAGUACGCCCUUUUCAGUACCUCACUGCUGCUUAUUUUCCAUUCCUGUAGCUUGUUUAUUUUAAUCAGUUUGGUGCUGCGUACUUGAGUUGCGAUUUGAGAGUUUCUUGUUUCGGGAUUAUUUGUCGAAUUUUCUCUUGACUUUUAGUUCCGACUGAGAUAUGGCGGGUUAUUCACCGAGCUUCGGAGUGUCAAGGUUCGUGAGUUCCCGAAAUGAGGUCGUUCUACGGAAGACGUGGGGUCAGAGUUUGGAAUUCAGGAAUGUAAAGGAGGUGGCUUUGCCAGUGUUGCUUCGAAACAAUAUGAGUAGACAGAGGAACCAGAGGUUUGUAGUGGUGCUGAAAAUCUCAGAGCCACGUGGUAGACCGCAAUCCGGUGUAUUCGUCUCGAAAGAAGGUGGUGAUGUGGUUUUAGAGAGUGGGUGUGAAGCGACAGCUUCUAGCGGUGUGAAUGAUGGGGAUGUGCUUGGUGGAAGUGGUGGAAGUGGGAUGUCUUCCAAUGGCGGACGAGGUGGAGGUAAUGGCGGCGGUGGUGAUGACAAUGAAGAUGACAAAGAAGAGGAGGAGUUUGGGCCUCUACUGAAGUUUGAGGAGGUGAUGAAGGAGACGGAGGCUCGGAGAGCUACUCUACCUUCGGAUAUGUUAGAGGCCGCGAAGAGCGUUGGCAUUCGCAAAUUGCUUCUCCUUAGAUAUUUGGAUUUGCAGGGGUCAUUCUGGCCUCUGGGCUUUCUGAUGAAGUCCUUCUCUUUACUUCGGAAUCGGAUGUUGGCUGAUCCAUCCUUUCUUUUUAAAGUUGGAACAGAGAUGGUCAUUGAUACUGUUUGUGUAACGUUUGCGGAAGUUCAAAAGCGAGGCAAAGACUUUUGGUCAGAAUUUGAGUUGUAUGUUGCAGAUCUCUUGGUUGGAUUGGUUGUUACUGUUGCUUUGGUUGGUAUGUUGGCACCUUAUGUUUGUAUUGGAAGACCAACUCUGUAAGGGUUUCUUGGACGAAUGCAGCAUGCCUAUGGAGCUCUUCCUAGCAGUGUGUUUGAAGCUGGAAGGCCAGGACGUAGAUUUUCCUUGAAGCAGAGAACUGGUACAUACUUUUAUAAGGGUCUCAUGUACGGAUCAGUUGGGUUUGCUUGUGGCAUUGUUGGCCAAGGCAUUGGAAAUUUAAUCAUGACUGCCAAGCGGAGUAUGAAGAAUUCAGAAGAGGACAUUCCUGUGCCACCACUUCUGAAGACUGCAGCUCUUUGGGGUGCAUUUCUUGCAGUUUCUUCGAACACCCGGUAUCAGAUCAUCAAUGGACUGGAACGUUUGGUAGAAGCAUCAGCUUUUGCAAAGCAGGUUCCAACCGCAGCAAUGGCUUUCACAGUUGGCGUGCGAUUUGCCAACAAUGUAUAUGGGGGGAUGCAAUUUGUGGACUGGGCUAAAUGGAGUGGAGUGCAAUAAGUCAUCAUGUAUGCGUUUCUUAUUUUAUGUUGGAUGUUUUGAUAUUCUACCCCACUUUAUAUGUUGUGGGUACUGCAAAUUAUUUGAUGCUUAAUAAUCUUUUUAUCCAUGAAA